UUCCAUUACAUUUGGCAAGUAACGGAACGACUAGUAAUUUCCCUACUUUUCAGCUGCAACUUUAACGUUUCCACGUUAGGUUGGACGUUACUUGGGGGCGGGAACAAGGGGAAGUCAGCUCCUGGCUGUGAUUGGUUAACACAAGACAUGUGCCUCACACUGAUUGGACUUCUGCGCAGACUGUCUCUUCCCUUGUGAUCUGUGUUAGGAGGCAUGAGGGAAGAGGUGAAUAGGCAGGGCCUGCUAGCGUCUGAGAGGAAAAAAUGGACGCCGGAGGAAAAAGCCAGGGCAAGGACAACGGAGGAGAAGGCAGCAGCAGAAUGGUAAAGAGCUGUGGAGAGACGCCUGUUGCAGGUUUUGCUGCUGAGAGCAGCAGUCAGUUAGUGCGGCCACUUGAGUCACAGCUUGUUGAUCCUGAGGAGGCAAAACUAGAAAGUGAGGUUCAGAAAGGAGGCCCUGUGCAUGAGGAGGAGGAGGAGGGCAUGAAGCAGUGCCAGUUGCCCACAGCCACAUCUGCAGAACAGCAAGUACCAUGGUUUGGCUUUGAGAAAGCUUGUACAUUUGUGAGCCAGAGUGGGAAAAAUGUUGUUGUACGAUGCAAUUACUGCCUUCCAAGGAUCAAAAAUCUGAGAUCAGCUGUUUCCUCCUCAUCCAAUGUGAAGAAACAUUUUGAGAGGGCACACCCUGAGAAUCUGAGAGCAAUUGAAGAAGCAAUAAAGGCAAGGAGAUGCGGCCUUCCUGAACCAAUGCAUGACACCCCUCCUCCCAAAAUGCUGAAGCAGCAGCAGACAACACUUGAGAGGUGGGGAUCUGGCAGGGAGCCUGUCACCCAGAGCAAUCUCGACAGGAGAAUCAUUGAUUUCAUUGUAGAGGAGACAUUACCACUUCUGACUGUGGACAAACCAUCAUUCAUUAAUCUGGUUCGCAUUGGACUCCCCAAAGAUCUCACCAUCAUAUGUGCCAAGACUCUGAGAGACAGAAUUGAGAAGAGAGCAUGCCACAUGAGAGAAACUCUUGCAAACCGAAUGGGUGCUGUGGCAUAUAUAGCAACCACUGCAGAUUGUUGGACCAAUGGCAAGAAGAGUUACUUUGGGGUAACAGCCCACUGGAUCAACCCAACUACCCUGAAACGUGAGGUCGGGGCCUUGGCUUGUAAGCGUCUGAAGGGGCGCCAUACAUACGAUGUCCUUUCAAAAGCACUGCAUGAUGUACAUGUGCAGUACAGGAUCCACAACAAAGUUAUGUGCACUACUACAGACAAUGGCUCCAACUUUGUGAAAGCGUUCAGAGUUUUCAUGGCCAAAGAACCAGUGGAAGCUGCAGGCACCAGUGACGAUGAUGGUGAUAACCAGGAGGAGGAGGAGGCUGAGGUGGAGUUUGUGCCUAUCUGUGAGAUCCUGGAUACAGGACCUGAGGCAGAGGAAGAAGCUGCAGACUCAGGAGAGGAUUUUGUUUUACCACCACACCAGAGAUGUGCUAGCCACACCCUCAACCUUGUGGCAACACAAGACAUAGAGGCCAUGCUUUCUGACUCCUCCAAAAGUAGUCUUCUUGGUCCUUUCAAGAAACAGUUUCGUUCCUUGAUGGGAAAGUGCAGCAAGUUGUGGUCCAAGCAGAACCAGUCAGCCCAGAUUGCUGAGUAUAUCCGUGCGCAAUGUGGUGUGUAUCUGAAGGUACCAAAUAAGACCAGGUGGAAUUCCACCUUUGAUGCGUUGAAGCAACUACAUGAGCUCCUGUCAACUGUGCCACUAAAAAUGCAUGCCAUAAUGGACCGCUGCUCCUUGUCCAGGAUCACAGCUGCUAAGAUUGAAGUGGUACAGGAAUACACAGAGAUUAUGGAGCCACUAGCCCAGUCCCUAGAUAUCCUGCAACGGGAGAACGGCAUGUUCAUGGGGUAUUUGCUACCAACGCUCUGCAAUCUGGACCGCAAGUUAGAAGGACUGGAAAACAAACCUGAGAGGUACACAUACUGUUUUCAGCUGCUGAGAGGUGUGCGCGAAGCCCUAAGAAAGCGGUUUGCAGCUAUCUGGGAGGACAAGAGGCUUCUUCUGGCAGCCUGCCUACACCCUCGCUUCAAACUAGAUUGGCUGGAAUCGUGUCAGGCCACCACCCAUACCAACAAAUACACAAUGGAAGCCUUGUUGAAAGCUGAAAUAAAGAUGGGUGUACUUAAUGAGGACAGUGAUCAGUCUUCAGAUAAAGACCAGGAAGGAGAUGACUUAGAAGAUGACUUCUUUAACUUUCUGCCCCAGGGCAAGAAGUCAGCAGUGGACACUGCUGAGGAGGAACUGGUGAGGUACCUGAGGUCUCCCAGCAGGGAAGUGUCAUCACUCCAUGGCUUUCCACGUGUGCUGCGGUGUUUUUUGCAGCACAACACAGGCAUACCUUCAAGCGCCGCAGUAGAACGCCUGUUCAGUACUGGUGGCAAUGUAAUGACUGUAAAAAGACAUUCCUUGUCUGACAUGCUCUUUGAGCAUCUUGUUCUUUUGAGACAUAACAGAAACAUAUUAUAAAAGCGUUUCAAGUGUAAAAUUUGAUUUCAAGAGUUGGGGUAUCUUCAUUGCUUGGGGGGAUGUGAGAUUCUGUUAUGCCAUUAUGUUAAUCUUAUGGAUAAUUUUUUUUAUUCUACUACCCCCUGUGUGUGU